AAUAAUAUUUUGAAGCGUGGCUUAUUUCCGGGUGGGGUCACGUGGUUGUUCAAGAUGGCCGCGCCCACCGGAGCAAGUUAGCUUAAGGAGAGUAGUUUACAUGACAGGUCUGAAGCUGCCGGUGUCGUCCGACAUCCUCAGAGCCGAAGCAGUUUUUCAGAAAGCCAUCUCCCCGCAGGCCUGCCGCCAUGAGCAAGAAGGAUUUCAGCCUCCCAGAGGACUUCCCUCAGCUGAAGAACAGCACGUUCCUGCGGGCGGCGCGGGGGGAGGAGACCGACCACGUGCCCGUGUGGUGCAUGAGGCAGGCCGGGAGGUACCUGCCAGAGUUCCGGGAGUCCAGAGCCGGGAAGGACUUCUUUGAGACGUGUCAGUCUCCGGAGCAGUGCUGCGAGCUGACCCUGCAGCCUCUUAGACGUUUUCCCUUCGAUGCUGCUAUCAUCUUCUCGGACAUCCUGGUCAUCCCACAGGCCAUGGGCAUGGAGGUCCAGAUGGUGCCGGGCAAAGGCCCGAGCUUCCCCGAGCCCCUGAAGGAACCCGAGGACCUGCAGCGGCUGCAGCCCAACGUGGACGUCGGGAAGGAGCUGGGCUACGUCUUCAAGGCCAUCACUCUGACCAGACACAAGAUCGAGGGGAAAGUGCCCCUCAUCGGGUUCUCAGGAGCCCCGUGGACGCUCAUGUGCUACAUGAUAGAGGGCGGAGGCUCCAACACCCAAGCCAAGGCCAAGUCCUGGCUGUACCGGCACCCCGAGUCCAGCCGCCUGCUGCUGGCCAUGCUGACCGACGUCAUCGUGGACUACCUCCUGGGACAGGUGGCCGCCGGGGCUCAGGCUCUGCAAGUGUUCGAGUCCCACGCCGGCAUCCUGGGACCGGUGGAGUUCAGAGAGUUCUCGCUGCCUUACCUCCGAGACAUCGCCCGGCGGGUCAAAGACAAGCUGAAGGAGGACGGCCGGGACGUCCCCAUGAUCGUCUUUGCAAAGGAUGCCCACUACGCUCUGGAGGAUCUCUCAGAGUCUCAUUAUGAGGUGGUCGGGCUGGACUGGACCGUUGAUCCGCGACAAGCACGCGAACGCACCGGAGGGAAGGUCAGCCUGCAGGGGAACAUGGACCCCUGUGCUCUGUACGCACCCAAGGAGCGCAUUGCUGACAUCGUGAAGAAGAUGCUGGAGGGUUUCGGCCCGCGCGGCUACAUCGCUAACCUGGGCCACGGGCUGUACCCGGACAUGGACCCGGAGAGCGUGGGCGCCUUCGUGGAGGCCGUGCACCAGCACUCCAAACUCCUGAUCAAACAGAUGUGAAGGCCCGUCCGAUGAAGAACAGCGUUUAGUUUUUGUUUGUUUGUUUUGGGGCAUCCAAUCACAUAAACUAAAAAUGGAAGGAUUUUUUUUUUAUUUUUUUUUUUUAAUAUAACAAAAUGAACUAAAGAGACUUCCUUUUUUUUUUUUUUUUUUCUAUUUUUUUUUUUUUUUUUUUUUUUCACAAUGAGCCCUCGCAAGAAGAAAAACAAAAACACGCUCCCGGAGUAAAUUCCUGCCCACGCCAGGAUAAACAUGCUGCUUUUCCAGAACACGCUUCCCUUUUUUCAUCUAUUAUGUGUUUAUCUGACCACCAGUGGAUUAAAUAUUUGGAUUGAAAAAGAGAUUUAAGCUCGAUAUCUGCGCACGAUCAUAUUUGUAAUAAUAUUGGAUCAAUUGGGAAAAGCUUUUAACAGCUUUUUCGAGUGUUAUGAGUUAUUUUAUUUUUCUCAUCCAAGCUAUGUGAGGUUUGCAUUCAUUAAUGCAAAAGAAUCAAACAGGCGGCGGCAGCAUAUUAAGCCGGGCUUGAAGAAGGAAACAAAUAGAUUCAAACCGCUCUGAAAACAAAACGCUGGCGGUUUGAUGAAAAAGGGACUCAGCAAGAGACACGCUGAAUAUGUCACAAAAACAAAAAUCCCAUUUGAGGGAGAAUGUCAGCGCGCAGCGGUUGUUGAUCAUCCCACCACGAACAUCCCGGCUGAGCUACCCCCCCCCGGAGCCCAGCGGGGGCCCGGCCGUUCCCCCAAAUCAUCCACCGCAAGAGCCUGUUUUUGUCUGUUACUCCGGCUAAAACGUUUCCAUUAUUUAUUAUUCCAUAAACGUGGCCAGUAGUUUGAAAAAAA